UCAAGCAUGGGUGUCUAUUCCACCUCUAUCCAUGCUAUACUAAUUGACUUCUUGUGGAACGUAAAAUAUACAAAUCAGAAUUUUCAUCCAGUCGAUUAUACACAUGGUCCACGGUAAGACCGGAGGGUUCCUUACCUAAGGGAACGCCACAACUCAAACGCUGCGGCUCCACUGCCUUCAUUGUGUAUACCAGAGAUACCCAGUAUAUCUCCGAUUUCUCCUCCGUGCUUCAGCCUAGUCCCUGAUGGCGCACUCUUCAUCUCUUCCUCCAUCAAUCUAUUCUAUCUGAUGCACUGCGCGUGCGACAGAUCUAUAUUUCUCAGAACUUCUCGCCACAAGCAAACGAGUUCCUCUAGGCGAUAUGUGCGCAAACAGUUAAUCACAAGAUGCUGCAAUCUUGACUCGCACGGAUUAGUCAAUACCAAGUCUACCAGUUGACGUGGUUUGCAAUGUUGGUUGCGGUGCCAAGUCGCGUGUGGAGUGUUGGUCAGUAUAUAUGACACAUAAUAGGCGGUCUCGGCCGGAUGACGGUUCUUUGAACCCCAGAUCGAAUAGAGCACCUAUAGUCCUGCCAACAGGGGGUUUUUGUCAGCUUUGUUUAUUGUGCUUUUUGUAUGGGCGUGUUGUAGUAGCAGACAGAAUAUUGAAAGUGGUUGGUAAGUGGAAACAGAAUGAUGGUUAACUGAGGCUUGCCUUCGAAAGAGGGAACACAACCGUAUCUGAGAUAAGACAGAGCAGAGUUUGUAGCCUUUGAAUUGUCAUUUAGCGAGACUGACCA